AUGAGUUCUCAUGCUCUCACAUCCGACAAUCUUGCCGAGGCUCUGUCCACAAUGGCUAUGUCAACUCAGAGUGUACAUGCGGAUGACCUCGUCAGCUCUCAUCGGGCUAUUGCACCCGCGAUGCAUGUUGCUGUCAAUUAUAGAUAUGCAAGAGACCCCGAUGAUUUGGUUCCAGGAGAAAACAAAAACCCAAAUGCUCCCCAGGAAUCAUUCGUUUAUUCAAGAUACUCUGCACCCAACAGUCAUCGCUUCGAGGUUGUCUUGAAAAGCAUUUUCCAUGGAGAGAUCAUGACAUACUCCACGGGUCUUGCCGCUUUUCACGCGAUCAUGGUAUUGCUAAAUCCGAAGCGCAUUUUCAUCGGUGAUGGAUACCAUGGCGUUCACGGGAAUAUCGAUCUCAUGACCAAGCUUACUGGCGUUCAAAAACUGUCUCUCGAUGACCUUGACCAGAUUGGCCCAGGGGACAUCAUACACAUCGAAACACCCCUCAAUCCGACAGGGGAAGCACGUAAUCUCUCCUAUUACGGUGAGAUGGCACAUGCCGUUGGUGCAUUCCUCACAGUGGAUGCAACAUUCGGGCCUCCCCCCUUGCAAGAUCCACUGCAGUUUGGUGCCGAUAUUGUUCUCCACAGCGGAACAAAGUAUAUCGGAGGGCACUCGGAUAUGAUGUGUGGUAUUCUGGUCGUUCACCCUGAGCGUGCUCGGGAAGGAUGGAUGAACACCCUGUAUUCAGAGAGACUUGUUAUGGGGAACGUCAUGGGGAAUCUUGAAGGCUGGCUGGGGAUUCGCUCCCUCCGAACCCUUGAACUUCGCGUGAGACGUCAGUCAGAAACUGCUACAAGCCUUGUUAGCUGGAUUCAUGAUGAGAUGCGUGACUCAUCCUCUGUGGUUGGUCGAGUAGUUCGCUCUAUUCGACAUGCCUCGCUGCAGCAGAAAGAUCUUGAGGAAGGGUGGCUGAAGCGGCAAAUGGCUGGAGGAUUUGGACCGGUGUUUGCAAUUUGGCUAAAAACCACCGAACAAGCGAAGUCACUGCCAAGCAAAUUGCAGUUGUUUCAGCAUGCAACCAGCCUUGGCGAUGUUGAGAGUUUGAUUGAAUGGAGAGCCAUGAGUGACUUUACCUGCGAUACAACGCUUCUCCGAAUCAGCUGCGGCGUGGAGGACCCAGGUGACCUGAGGAAGGAUCUACUUAGGGGGUUCAGCGCACUUUGUGAGUGA